AUGGAGACAGUGUUGAAGUCUCACUGUGAUGAACAGCACCCUCAUCAGGCUGAAGACUUCCAGGGGAAGCAUGAGCAGAAUAGCAAGCUUUCAGGAAUAAAAAAAGAUAUUGAAAAACUUUAUGAAGCAGUUCCACAGCUUGUAAAUGUGUUCAAAAUUAAGGAAAAAAUAGGAGAAGGUACGUUUAGUUCUGUUUACUUGGCCACAGCACAACUACAAACAGGAUACGAGGAAAAAAUGGCUCUGAAACACUUGAUUCCAACCAGCCACCCUCUGCGAAUUGCUGCUGAACUUCAGUGCCUCACAGUAGCAGGGGGACAAGAUAACGUUAUGGGAGUUAAAUACUGCUUUAGGAAAAAUGAUCAUGUGGUUAUUGUUAUGCCAUAUCUGGAACAUGAAUCCUUCUUGGACAUUUUGAAUUCUCUUUCCUUUGAAGAAGUGAGGGAAUACAUGUUUAAUCUGUUUAAAGCAUUGAGGCGCAUUCAUCACUUCGGUAUUGUUCACCGUGACGUCAAGCCCAGUAACUUCCUCUACAACAGGCGGCUAAAACAGUAUGCCUUGGUAGAUUUUGGCUUGGCACAAGGAACCCCUGAUACAAAAAUUGAACUUCUCAAAACUGCCCACUCUGAAGACCAGCAGGGAAGUUGCUCACAAAAUAAUCCCACCAUAGCCUUGGGAAGUGGGGUUUCUGUCAGUGUCACAGCACCUAAACAGAUAGCUCAACAGUCAGCCUCAAAAGCAGCUGAUGAAAGGUCCAGCUCAAUUUCAAAAAUACAGAUUAAACAAGGAAGAGGAGGAAAGGAGGAUUCUGUGCACCAUUCUGUCCAGCGCUCUGUCUUUGGUGAGAGGAAUUUCAAUGUCUAUAGUUCCACGUACCAGGAGAACUCGAGUACAAAACUCAUAAAACAAUCGAAGAUCAUAGAUGUUUCAUCUAGGAAGUUAGUAACGAAGAAGAAGAUUAUUUCUACCAAAACAGUGAGCAACGGGGCAGCCAGAAAAGCUGCCAGUGGUUGUCCCUCAAACCUGAUCUGUGACUGUUAUGCAACGGAUCGAGUUUGCAGUGUUUGCCUUUCAAGGUGUCAGCAAGUUGCUCCCAGGGCAGGAACACCUGGAUUCAGAGCACCAGAAGUAUUAACAAAGUGCCCCACUCAGACCACAGCAAUUGACAUGUGGUCUGCAGGAAUCGUAUUCCUUUCUUUGCUCAGUGGACGGUAUCCAUUUUACAAAGCAAGUGAUGAUUUAACUGCUUUGGCUCAAAUCAUGACAGUUCGUGGAUCCAGAGAAACCAUUCAGGCUGCUAAAACUUUUGGUAAAUCAGUUCUGUGUACCCAAGUUGUCCCAGCACAAAACUUAAGAACCCUCUGUGAGAAGUUGAGAGGAACAAAUAGCAGCUGUAAGAGAUCACAGGGUGAAGUGCCCAGCAAGUCUGUAAAUGACUCAGCUUUGCCAGUUGCAGUAGACAAACUGUGUGCUCCUGAGGCACUUGGAAAACAAAUUCAACACUUAGAGAGCUUUCAGGAAGAUGAUGGUGCUUUGGAAAUUAAGGCAACAGACAUGAAAGGAUGGGACCAGGUUCCUGAUGAAGCAUAUGACCUACUUGAUAAGCUACUAGACUUAAACCCUGCAACAAGAAUAACUGCAAAAGAAGCUUUGCUGCAUCCUUUUUUUAAAGACAUGAGACUCUGA